AUGGCUAGACGACUCCAUCUGGAUACUUCCAACUUGGGAGCAAAUCAGAGAUACUCAUUUCUCGAAACCCCGUUGGAAAUGCAAACCGCGGGCUUGCAAAUUCCUUCACAGCCGCCGCAGCCGGCGACCGUGCCGGAGACACAUGCGACCCAGCAAGAACAGGCUCCGCCUGAGCAAGCUCAGCCGCCACUGAAUGAAAAGACACAUACCCUCCCAGAAGGAUCAGACCCCUCUCAUUAUCCCAAUGGUCCGAAUAUAGAUCAUCACCCGGCAAUCUAUGCGCCCUUUGCCGACGAGACGCCCCAGUCAAAGCAGCAUCCCGACGCAGUGGUGCCUGACUACUCGUAUGUGGUCCCUCCAGGCUCUCCGGGGCCACUUCCAAUCAAGACGAAUCCGGCAGCCCCGGAACAAUAUUCAGAACGCCUGCCCGUCGCUGUGGUACCGGACGCGAAUCCGCUGCAAACCCCGCAAAUGCCUCGUUUCCCUUCACCCGUGGCAUCAAGAGCACCCCAAUCGUCAAUAGCGAAUGAUCUCAUGGGGUACCACCAACCAGGACAGGUAGCCCAUCCUAACCAAGCGGUAAAGGGCGGAACGUGGAGUCAUGGCAUGUGCGAUUGCUCGAAUAUUUGGACCUGUUGUCUCGGUUUGAUCUGUCCUUGUAUCCUAUACGGUAGAACACAGUAUCGGCUUUCUUCAUUGUCGAGAAAAGAGGACCCAACAAACAUGCUGGGCUACGAGACGUGCAACGGAUCAUGCACCGCGAUGGCCUUAUUAUGUGGAUGUCAAUGGCUAUUGGCGACUGUCCAACACACCCGUACGCGUAAAGCGUACGGCAUCCGAGGUGACAUUGCGUCUGACUGCGUCCGAGCAACUUGCUGCACUUGCUGCACGCUCAUUCAGGAUGAAACGGAGAUCAAGAAACGCGAGGAGGAGCGAGAAAAAGCGGCCAGAGCCACGGGGACAUCUUUGGCUUCGCCUUAUUUACCCCCUGUCCAGAUGUCCUAUGGGCCUCCUCCACGAUUAAACGCCGCGCACGAGCUGGACCAGGACCAGAAACUUGCGCUAGAAAAUUUUGUCCAAUUAUGCAAGGAGAAUGAUCUCUUAGGUCGGCCGGAUGGGAUGGGCGAUCGCGAUGCUUUGGAUGCGAUUAACGAUGAGUCGGCUUUAAUACGAUUUUUGCGCGCGCGCAAGUUCGACCCCGAGGAUGCUAUCAAUCCGUUCUUCGAGGCGGUCCUGUUCCGUAAGGAGAAUCGCGUGUUUGAGGUCUAUGAUGGGAUUCGUGUCCAGGAUUAUGAGACCGCUGGCGCGGCUUACCCUCAAUGGACAGGCCGUCUUGACAAACGCGGUCUACCAGUCUUCUUUGUGAACACCACCAACCUCAAGCUUCCAUUACUGGGAUACAAAGGUUCCAAUUUCGGCUACGUGCCACGCCUGUCGGAUUCGAAUCCCGACUCACCUCCCGCGGAAGCAGCUCAGCAGCAAGAGCGUGUUGACGUCCUGCAGCUGGGCUCGGUAAUGUUCGAUAGCUACACUCGCUUUGUGUUUCCGUUGUGUUCAAUGGUCACUCGAAGACGGGUUACCUCCAGUGUGAUUGUCGUCGAUGCGACGACGCUGUCGUUUAAGCAGGGGUUUGACAUUAGGAAUUUUGUUAAGGAAGCGAGUUGGCUUCUUACGACCUGUUAUCCCAACACGGUGGAUAAGAUCUUUGUCUGUAACUGUCCAUCAUAUUUCGGUGCUAUAUGGAAGCUCUUGAAGAGCUGGGUGGACCCGGUCACCGCGGCUAAACUGGUUUUCUUGUCUCAGGCUGAGGUGUAUCCGACUUUGAAGGAGCAUAUCCAUGACGAAGACCUUCCGAUCCAGCUCGGCGGGAAGUUGGAGUUUGAGCACGGCAAACCGGUGGACUUGAGUGAUGUGUUCAGAAAGGCCUUGGGUAUAGAUCAGUUGGCAGCUGGGCCUCACAAAUGGGUCUACGAUGAGAAGGGGGGAAUGAGUGCCGUUGCGGUGGGGAGUGUUGAUGGGAAAUUGAGGAAUGAAGUCAUUGCGACUUUGAAUGAUUCAGGGGAGUCAGAUCCACGUAGUUUGACAGGACGUGCUUGGAACGGAGGAAUGGGAAAUGACACUCAAAGCGAAGGCGGUGGGGUACUGCCGGGGAAUCUGGACCGCAGUGGCGGAUCCUCGAACCACCUCAAGACUUGUGAAUGGUCUCCCGUCAUCUUCUUGAUGCUGAUCGGCCUGUCUCUUCCCAUCUGUCAGAUUGUCCCUCAUUGCUCCGAUACUUUCAUCAGUCGACGUACACCAUCCAAGAAUCACGACCUGACUUCUUUCACUCCGCUCCUCCCCUUAUUACUUACACUCCGACUCCCGACCGUCCUGCUUUUGUUCCGAUUAUCGGUAAUUGACCAACGCGCUCUCUUGUGGUAUCGCAAUCAUGGGGAUUUGAGGGAUUUCGAUCACAUCGAUCUGAAUGAUUCAAAAGCCUAUAUGAGCUGCUCAGACCGUGACAUAUGGGCGCAACCGACGACUACCUCAGGGAAGACAUACGCGCCCGGCUGUACUCCGUUUCUUCUCCCAAGUGAUGGUGCUGUGUUUCUGAAUCGCUCUUUUUCAAUAUCCCUUACCGCAAAUGCGAUCUUCGAACCGGCUUGUACAAGUGAGCCUACAAAGACCAACCAUGCCUCCCCGAUGCUCGACACCCGUGACCCGUUUUAUUCUUCAGUGACUCCACAACUUUACGCCAUUGGCUGCUCGACCGUGGUCAGCUAUCUACUUGUUGUCAUGCUUCUUAUUACACCACGCACGUUCUACGUCGGCGGGCCGGGAGGCGGUGCCAAUUUUCUAGGCCGCCAUGGAAUGAUCAGCGGAUCGUACAGCGGGAAUUCCUCCGUCGUGGGGGUUGGGGGUCGACCAUGGUUGCAAAAGGUCGCCGCAAUCCUGGUCGCAAUAUGUCUAACUAUCGCAACGGCGGAUUCAUUCACGGUCGCUGAGCGACAGUAUCUUCACGGUUACUCGGACGCGGAAGCUCUGGCGGAAGAGGUCAUUGAUGGUAUGGAGAUCCGCAUUGUGAGAGUCAUAUGCGGCACGUUUCUAUGGCUUGCACAGGUACAGACGUUAAUUCGACUCUUUCCGCGACACAAAGAAAAAAUCAUGAUCAAAUGGGCAGGAUUCGCGUUGAUUGUGUUAGACACGAUAUUCAGCAUUCUGGACAAGUUUCUCGUUCAAACCAAUACGACGCGACCGCGGUUGUACGACGAUGCGAUCCCUGCGCUCAGUUAUCUUUUCGAACUCGCUCUCAACUUGCUCUAUGCUGCAUGGGUGAUCUUUUAUUCAAUAUCGAAAUCCCGCUUUGCGUUUUUUCACCCUAAGAUGAGGAAUAUCUGCCUCGUGGCCUUGAUGUCUCUGUGCGCGGUCCUCAUUCCUGUCGUUUUCUUUGUGAUGGAUAUUGCAAAACCGGAAAUCGCAGGCUGGGGUACCUAUGUGCGCUUGGUAGGCUCAGCAGCGGCAAGUGUUGUUGUUUGGGAAUGGGUGGAGCGCAUUGAAGCGCUAGAACGCGACGAAAGGAAGGAUGGAAUUCUUGGCCGGGAGAUAUUCGACGGUGACGAGAUGCUGGAAGUAACGCCCUCCGAAGAGGUUGAUUGGCCUCGACAGAACAAUUCUGGUCACGACCGAGGAGGAGGUACGGGCACAUCGUCCGGAUGGGGUGGUAUGAUGAGCUUAGGCCAUCGGCCCUUACGCACCAGGGUUGGACUCCCCAAUAAUAGCGGCCGCAAUUGGCAGUCUCGUCCUGCCACCCAAAACCAUGACACCUCAGCCGAUGCUCGCCGGCGGCGUCCAGCUCGACCAACACCACCGCCAGCGGCUGUAACGCCUGUCAGCCGGGCUGACACUACUAGUGCUGCCAGCACUGUGUACAAUGUUCAUUACCAUCCCGUUUCGAGCCCGACACCACCCGUUGGCAUGCCGCACAUGGAAGAGGAAGAGGAGAAUAGCGACGAGACGGCUGCAGCAAAGGAACUGGCAACGUCCAUGGAGGGACAGCAGGCAAACAUGACUCAUGAAGGCCUUGAAGCGCAACAAACGAGAGAUCAAUCUCCCCAGAUCAUCAACACCGAUCACAGGUGGCGGACGAUUCUAAAUCCUUUUAAACGUCGACACGCAUCCUUGCCAAGAGAAGUUGCUUCCGCGCAGGCUGAGGAGCAAUUUCCGUACACAGAUGAGGAGGGCGUGGCACCCGAUGAGAACGGAGAGCAGCACACUUUCCGGCCAACAAGUGAUAGAAGGACUCGACCCGAGUCCGGGCGGCAGGGCGCAGACACGCAGUUACCCGUAACUGUUAUACCCGCGCGACGUCGAGGCCAGCAUACAUGGUCACCGCAGUGGUUCAACGAUUCUAGUAUCCUGGAACCCUCGCCUCGCCGGCACCGUCACCAUACUUCGCACAACCGGGCUAAUCUCCCAGUGCGAGUAAUCCAACCGCAGGCCCGGCCUUCUGCUCCGUGGACAACAUCGGAUGCGGAGGGUAGCUUUGGUAACUACGAACUACGCUACGAUCCCGAAGCAGCGGCUCUCGUAGGAUUGGACGAUCCUGCCUUUGAAUCCCCUUCGGCUCGGGAUGUUCACCACGAGACCGUGCGAAUGAGCUUCACUGAUGAAUAUGUGGAUGAGCUUGAUCAUCAAUCCAUUUCCGACGCUCAUCAGGACGAGCCCAACCCGGAGUCUACCAAUCGACCUCCAGCGGAACAAUCCUUUCGAGCAACGGCGCCGUCUCUCGACCCUCAUCCACCGCGCUCACACAAUACCAGUACCGGUGCCAGCGAAAGCCCUAGACCUCCGCAAUAA